GCAUCGUCUUCCUCUGUUUUGCCAGGGCCAACCAAGCCAACGGGUCGAGUUGAACCAACGCCAUUACGAGAGAAGAGGGGUUGGGGAGGUAGACGAGUGGCGUAGGGAACUCGGUCGUGGGGCGGUAGAGUGAGCGAGUGAGAGAGAGGCAGGGCUGUCACGAGCGUGGGCAGGCGAUCGCGGGAGCGAUGACGACGGCGGCCGGCAUGCCGGGGUUGCCGGUGGGCUCGGCCGCCGCGGCUGGGGUUCCCGCGGCGCCCGAGGUGGCGGCCAGGGACGCGGUGAUCGGCUGGUUCCGCGGCGAGUUCGCGGCCGCGAACGCCAUGAUUGACGCGCUGUGCGGCCACCUGGCGCAGAUCGGCGGCGGCGGGCCCGAGUACGAUCCCGUCUUCGCCGCGAUCCACCGCCGCCGCGCCAACUGGUUCCCCGUCCUCCACAUGCAGAAGUUCUACCCCGUCGCGGACGUCGCCGCCGAGCUGCGCCGAGUUGCGGACGCCCGCGCCGCCGCAGGGUCCUGCUGCUACUCCGAGGAGGCCGCGUCCACGGUGAUCCACGAGCCCAUGGAAGAGGCUGAGGCUGAGGCUGAGGCUGAGCCCGAACCCGAGCAGGAGCACGAGCAGGAUCCGGCACCGGCGGCCGAGCUGGCUGACGGCGCCGUGGAGUACCACGAGCCGGACGUGGAAGUUGAUUCAUCGGGAGAUUCGUCGGAGCGGAAGCCCCCCUCCACCGAAGAUGACACCGUCGCAGACGGACAUCAUACUGAUCAAGGAUCUCAAGGGGAACACAGCCUACCAGAGAGCUAUCCCAUCUGCUCUGACCACGAGGAGUGCAUUGCCCGUCCUGAGAGGAUCAAGAUCCAGAAAGGUUUCGUGGCCAAGGAAUCCGUGAAGGGGCACAUGGUUAAUGUCGUGAAAGGCUUGAAGAUAUAUGAAGAUGCGUUUACGACAUCAGAGAUCAUGAAAGUUGCAGAUUUCAUCAACGAAAUUCGUCAGGCUGGCAGAAAUGGAGAACUUUCAGGUGAGACUUUCAUAUUCUUCAACAAGCAGAUCAAAGGAAACAAGAGGGAGAUCAUACAGCUUGGUGUACCGUUAUUUCAACCUACCACAGAGGAUGCUAAUUGUCACACAGAACCAAUCCCCCUUGUCCUGCAGGCUGUCAUUGACCACCUUGUUCUUUGGCGUUUAAUACCAGAAAGCAGGAAACCAAAUAGUGUCGUCAUCAACUUCUUCGAUGAGGAUGAACAUUCGCAGCCCUACUUCAAGCCUCCCCAUCUUGACAACCCCAUUUGCACUCUUCUGCUGUCUGAAACCACGAUGGCAUUUGGCAGGUCACUUGUCACUGACAGCAACGGUAACUACAAAGGACCUCUCACACUUUCACUAAAGCAAGGGUCCUUACUAGUGAUGCGUGGGAACAGUGCCGACAUGGCGCGACAUGUGGUGUGCCCGUCGUCCAACCGGCGCGUGAGCAUCACGUUCGCAAGGGUGAGGCCAUCGACGCCGGUGGACAUGAGCCCACUCCCGUCCCCCACCAAGGCCAUGACACCCUGGCAGCCGCAGCCGGUCACGGCCUCCCAGGUGCCGUCGCCCGUGAGCAUGACGCAGAAGCCCCCGGUCAGCGGUGCCAUAAUCGGUUAUGCCCCGACCCCGCAGGCCGUGCUGGCGCCCGCAGCCUGGGGCAUGGCCAUGCGCGCGCCCGUCAUGAUGGUGGCUGCAGCGCCUGCGAGGCCCAUGGUGAUGGCCUCAUCGGGCACCGGCGGCGGCAACAUCAGCAAGCGGAUGGGCCGCAGCGGCACCGGCGUGUUCCUGCCUUGGACGGUCGGCCCGAAGCGGUACAACAAGCACCUUCCACCGCGCAUCCAGAAGCGCCGGUUCUCGGCGAUGAUGUCGCCCAUCGAGGCGCAGGGCUGAGGACCCGCCCGACGUCAUGUCGCCGUCAAACCGAACGGCCAAGAUCAAGUAGGACCCGGUGCAACGAGCCACCGUUUAAUUCCUAGGGUUCUUGGAGUGUUUUUUUUUUCUCUCUCGUCGUCGAGUCAAAAAAAGAAAAAAGAAAAGAAAUGGUCAAAACGCGCGGACAGUGAGUUUGGACGUCUGUGUAUUUCGGUGACCUGUGUUUUUUUUUUUCUCUGGAGGGCUUUUGGUCCGCAUGUAAUUUAGCCGGGUUUGUGACUUGUGACUUUGUGAGUGAGUAGCGGAGUUUAGAAGCGGUAGAAGAAUAUGGGUCUAGGGAUAGGUGAAGUCAGAAUCAGGACAAGGUUUUUCGUUUGUUUUCAUCCUUCUUUUUUCAGUUUUUUAAGAUG